CCUGGCUUUAACAAAACAUGGCGGCUUAAGUGUCUGUGUUUUCCUGGUGUUAUCAUAUAUCAUCAUUGUCGGUUUCUUACAAUACUUUCGUUGAUACAAAUGUCAUUACACUACCACCCGCAACGAUGUUAUCGCCUACCGCUUUGAAUAUGUUUUCGCCGUCUCCAGCUAGUUCGGAAGAAAUCGGCUCCUCGGCCCUGUUUCCAUCGCUUGAUACAGGCCUUUCAACUUCUGGCAUGACUUCAGAAGAGAUUGACGAGCAACCCGAAGGGGAAGAAAAUGAAUAGUAAGUUAAAAAAAGUGUUAUGCUUGUGUUUUUCGUGUUUUGUGAAUGUUUUAGUUUAUGAAUCGGGCCGCAAAUCUCAAAUUCAGAGGAAUCGAGUUAUAAUGCUUGUCAUAUUUGUUCAUCUGUUCAUUUCUGGUGAAGACAUACGAAAGUAAGCGGUUCCAGUCUUAUCCACUCAUCAAUUUACAGGCUAUAGGUUGAGUUCGUAAGAGUUCGGUAAUCGUACAUAGUUACUGAAGUGCUAAUGAAAGCUAGGAUGGUUUUGCUUUACUAUUCUGAGGGAACUUACUUCAGUCAAAAGCUGAACACGAUUAUCUUAGAGAAGAGCUCCGACCGAGCACUUACAUUCGUCCAGAAAGCUUUGUAGGCUAGUGCCAUUGUAUCACCCAUUUCCCAAGUUAAUCAAAGGCCCAUGGACUGAGGCACAGUCCAUUGUGUAAAUUUGUUGUAGAUUUCAUGAUGAAAAUAACGUUAGUGGAACUACAGAUUGUAUUUACAAUGUGUUUGAACCGUUUCUUGAAGAUGUACAAUUUAAAGAGAACUUGCAGCUAAUGUUACUUUUCACUUUGAAUAGUGCUGAUGCUGCAGAAUCCACCAAGGCAGAAUUCAUUGAAAAAACUCUGUUGAGAGCAUCUGAAGUGAGCAAAUUUGGAACUUUUUUGACCAUUUUUAUUUAUACCUUUUAUUAAUGGCAUAAAUACUUUAGAAAUCAUGAAUUGGAUCUUGCUCUUAACCCUUUAACUCCUAUGAUUGACCAAGAUGAAAUUUCUCCUGACCAAAUCAAUACAAUAUCAAACAGAGCAGUGAUGAGAAUAAAGAAAAAUACCAGUUAGGGGAUUAUUAAUUGAUUCAAUACCAAAUUCUCAGAACUAACAUCAUAAGAAUUGUAUGACAGACAGUAAGGAGAAUUGCUAAUGAGAUCUUGGGAGUGAAAGGGUUAAUCUUCCCCUCUUCUUUCUUUCACUCUUUGUCAUCUGCUGACUACCAGCUUUGUGAACGCAACCCCAUAUCAAUGAGUUUGAGACAUUCUAAACAAACUUGAUGGUGUCUUAUUAAAGUCCUCAACAUGUAAGGCAUUUUGGUUCUAUUACAACCUGUCUUAGCAUAUUUUUAACUGUUUGACCUUUGAAAGUGACCAGCCUCUUACAACAUCACCCACAAAUCAGAUGUUGUUGCUGAGCCCUUUGACCCCCCAAGAGUGACUUGCAUCUACAUGUAAUUUCUCCUUACAAUAUUACCCACCAAUCAAACAUUAAGGUCAUGAGAAUAAAGGAAAUGAUCAGCAGCUAAAGAAGCUGGUUUUUUCCUUGUCAGCUUCUUAAGAAAUUCAUAGAAAGCACUGUAGAGAAUUUACAUACUGAAUUGAAUGUGUUAAGGGUUUAGAAGAACUUGCAAUUUAUGAUAAAUAGGGAAACUGUUAGAGAGACUUAACAAAAGUAUUAGUUAGAGAACCUGACAUUCACUGAUUUCCUGCAGUUCAAUAUGUGUAGGUUCAUUCAUUGCAGUUAUUUCAAGCUGAAAAAGGUGACCAGAGCUCUUGGAAAUGUUCAUGAAUGAAAUCUUGUAUAUGAUAAGUACUGCUAUUAUGAUUUCAGCAAAUUUUGCUUCAAAGUGGAGGAAAAUUACAUGUCAAAGAUAUUGCUGAUAGAAUUGUAGAAAGUGGGCUCAUCCCACCCAGGUCAGUUCUUUGAACAUGUGCUCUAAAGGCUAUAAUUAUUACCUACAAUGUAUAUGUACCACCUCUAACACCAUAAACAUAAUUUUCUCACCUGUGUAUGUGUAUAAAUUAUAUAUAUAUAUAUAUAUAUAUAUAUAUAUAUAUAUAUAUAUAUAUAUAUAUACAUAUCUACAAAAAGGUUGCAAUAUUGAAAAUAUAUAUCAAAUAUAUAUACCUUUUCUUUGCUCAUAAAAACGAGACAAUUUUUGAGAAGAAAACAAAAGAUAUUUAUAUUAUUUCAAUACAUAUUUUCAAUGUAGAAAUGUUUUUUUUAAAUGUACUCAUACACUACUUGUAGAAUUCAAUUUUAUGGUGAUGGAUUUGAUGAUGUCAGUUUUCAGAAGUUUUUAUGUAUAUCAGUGUUCUAGAAACAUGGUACCUCUGGCACAUAUUUAAAAUUUCAGCUAAAGGGAGGGGUGCUUAUUUUAAGGAGAGUGCUUAAUAGAGAGAGGUCCUUGUUAUUCACCAGUUCUGAUUCCACUGUAGUUGAGGCUUAGAAGGUUAUGAAUAAAGUGGCAAUAGAAACAGGUUUUUCUUGCAUUCCUGUUAUUUAAGAAAGUAAGGGGGGAGGGGGUGUUAAUUUGAGAGGGGCACUUGUUUGACACUAUAGCUUAGGGGAUGGGGGCUUAUUUGGGGAAGAGUGCUCAUCAGAGGGUGGGUGCUUAUUCAAGGAAAUACAGUAUUUAUAAAGUUUUAACACAUUUUUUAACUUUCAUGAACUGAGGUUUGUUUGAUUAAUUCCAGAUCAAAGGCUUUGAACAGUCUAGAAUCAAUCUUAUAUCGUGAGGCAAGUAAACUUCUUUCACUUAUAACUUGUAGAUCACAAUGAAAGUAACUUUUUCUGGAUUUGUGUAGUGAGAAAUGGGAUUUAAUGUUUUAAUCCAUAUGCACAAUCUCUUUUUCUAUUCAUUGAUUAGAAUGAGUUUUCCCUUAUAGACUUUUCGUGAAAGCUCCAGAUUUAAAAGAAUUGAUAAUCGCUUUGGAUGGUUUGCCUUGAUGGUGAGUUCUUUAUUUUGUUAAUAACAUUAAUAUUGACUAAUUAUUCAUUAACUCUUUAACUCCUGGAGUGACCAAGACAGAAAUUUUCCUUAAAAUAUCAAUACAAUAUUAAGCAGACAAGUGAUGAGAAUAAAGAAAAAUAUCAAUGAGGGGUCUAUCAGUUGUUCCAGUAUCAAUUUGUGGUAUAGAAUAACUGACAAGUUGGGGUUAAACUGCAGCAGUUGAGUCAGCCUCCUCUAACACUUAAUAUUCUGAUAAACAAAAUCACACAGGAAGUUGAGGUUGAAGAUGAUGAUGAUGAUGAAGAUGAUGAUGAUUCUAUGGAUAAUGAGACAACAGAGGGUGAUGAUCAGGUGACUGAGUUUGAAAUAAAGCUGAGAGGCAUCAGCAAUCAACCAUAAUCACAUGUAUUUAACUUCCUUUAUCUUGAGCUGGUGAGAUUACCAAAAAAAAAAGAAAAAACCUAGCCUUUAGGCCAAAAGGGAUGAACAUUUAAUCAAGCUCUGCACUCACCAAGCUCAAGUGCAAGAAAAAUCAAAGAAAAGUUCAUUCAGUUUUCCUUGCAUCUAUAACCAACCAAAGUUUUAUGUACAUGCAAAAUUCAGUAAUUCUUACUAACUAAACGAAAUUUGAGGUUAGUAGUGUAAGUUAUGAACCCCUUUUUUGCUUUGCAAAUAAAUUGAUGCAGAAAAAUGAAGUUGAUAGAUAUUGUGCAAAUUGUCAAUUACAGGUUAACAUUUCUGAGAUUUGUCUUUAAAAACUACAGGUAUAUGUACAUGCUCUGUAUUUUUAUAGAAGGCAAUUCUUGUACACUUUUAAAGGUGUACGUGUGGUACACAUGGUAAUUCAUUUACCUGGGGUAAAAACACACUUUUCUUUUAAAGCAGGAUUUUGGGUGAGGUAACUGUCACAAAAAAACAACAACACAAAAAAAAACAACGACAACAAUUACAACAUUAACAACUUCUUUAAUUUACAGUCUGUUAAAACUACCACUUCAAAACAACCCAUUGACUACAACAGAAAAUACCUUCGGAUAAAACGUUUGGUCAAACAGCUGGUCUUCGUAAGUAUUGACAUUAUUUGAUUUAUUUUAUUACUGGCAACGCCCGUGGGCAAUAUGAAGCGAAUCCCGUGCUCUGAUUGGCUACCCUAGUGGGCAAGAUGUGCCCAUCUUUGUCGCCUAGGAUUGCCCGCCAAGAUCCCGUGUAAGAAAAAAAUUGCGUUGAGCGUACUUACAAGUUCGUAAUUUUUGGACAGAAUUGGUGAUGGAGUCAUAAACAGCGGCAGAAGACAGUUAAAGCAAAGAAAUCGUAAAAACGACUUUUGUGGGUUUAUUGUGCUACAAACACACACAGGCGUUCUUUCCAGGCUCUCGAAAUAAACAAGUCAUCCUUCAUUCUCAAUUAAGCGAAAUUUUUUUUGCAAUAAUUAUAGAAAAUUCUUUAUUGACCGAGCUUGUUCGGUCAAGAUAGCUGGAUAUUAGCCUCGUCCUUUUUUUGCGUAUUUAUGAACCUCGCCUUUGUCUCGGUCCAUACCAACGCAAAAUAGUACUCGGCCAACAUCCAGCCAUCGUGACUUCACGCAUGGUCAAUAACUCAUAAAUAUUGGCCGUUUUUAUGCUAGAGACGUUAAAGUUGUCUAAGACGUUAAAGUCGUCUCGAGACGACUUUAACGUCUCGAGACGACUUUAACGUCUUAGACAACUUUAACGUCUCUAGCAUAAAAACGGCCAUUACUUAUCUACAUGAGCAAUUUUGAACUGAGUAUCGAAAGCUAUCUGAGAAUGCGUUGCCCUAGCAGGGUUGUCAAAAUCCACUGAUGGUCCUAUUUUCAAUGACAUUUUUUGUAGGAAAAUGGAGCAUUAUGUGAUGAAGUUCAAAGAACUGAGGUAAAGUUUCAAAGAGCAAAAGCAGAGAGAAGGUAAAUCUUAUCUGUGUAAAGUAAUUUGUUAUUGUUCUUGCUAAGUUUAAAGAUACACAGGCUUAAGACUGGUUGUUUAACUAACCAAACUUUUAAUAAAAGGGGGCAUGAUGUUGUAAAGGUUUCUGUAAGUUCUACCGUUUACUGCGCUUGAUUUACUCAUGUUGUGGAGCGCUGGACUCAGUGCCGCAAGGAAGGUCGAGGGUUCCAGCCUCAGACCAGACCAACACUCAGGGUCUUAAAGUUACUGAAGAUAACUUACUGCUUUUGCUACUUCAUCCGAAAACUCUUAGACAUUCUAUUUUCUCGGAAAAGGACGAUAAUCCAUAAGCCCCGUCUCCUGCGCCACCUCUGUACUGGUUAGCUGGGGAAGAACCCACGCACUUCUCGCAAAGAGUGGGGAAUGUACAUGUAGCUCCUGGUGUUGUAGACUGGCCCUGUUAUUGUUUAUACAGACCCCAUUUAAACCAGAUUUAAAGCUGAAUUGGGCCAGCCCGUCUGAAUAUCGCAACCAAACAAACAUAUCUAGACGAAAUACAGGAAUGCAAAGUAGUCACCAGCCCUGAUUGCAUCUACAACUCAUUUCCGCACUUAUUUAUUCAUUUUCUCAAAGGUUCAUUCUCAAGAGGUUGUUUCAGUAUCAAGCCGCUGCUGAGGCAGGGAUGUUCCAAGCUGCACCGUACCCUCCCUUCUCUCCGGACAUGUUACCGCCGAUGAUGUACCCUCCUUUUGUCGCGGAAAAGGCCAAGCCGCCAAAAGUGAAGGCCAAGAAGACCGCAGUGAAACCAAAGGCAGAGAAAGAACCCAAGUCUUCUGGAGGAAAGGCAACAAAAGCUGAGAAGGCUGCUACAGAGGGUGCAGGUUUGUCUUGUCUGGUUUAUCACAGCUAAUGUUGGGAGAUAGGGGCGUUGCAAGGAUUUACCAAAGAGGGGGAGGGAGUUCGCGUUCCUUUGCCUCCUUAAUAAGUUUGUAAACUUAGAGUAUGAAACCAUCUCUCAAAUGCAAGGGGGGACAUACGGAUUCCCCAGAAUUUCCCCUUACUUAUGCCCCCUGGGAAGAGGGGCCAUACUUUUCGUGCUAAAUGGUUAGACCGGGGACAGGUACACUUAAAGAAAAUUUGGUUUGAAGAUGAAUAUUGUUUGCCCCUCUUUAACAGGUAAGGACGGAUUGAAAGAGAAGGAGAAGCCGGCGAGACAAGAAAAGAAAAAGCCUGCUAAACCAAAGAAGCCUAAAGCACAACCUGAGAACUCCGCACCUAGCGCUGCAAAUGCUAUUACUUCUGCUGCAGUAUCAUCAAAAGGUGGGUGUUAAUCAACACAGCGGUCAAACGCUGCGCAUGCGUGAGGGGAUCACCUCUGGCCGGCUGUGAGCCACUUUCCCGCCCAAAAUUUCAAAGGAAAACAUAUAAAGUAACCGCGCUCUCACUAAAUGAACGAACAAAAAUUAAAACGCACCUAGAUAUCUGUAGAAGGAAAGAAAAGUCUAAGGAGAAGGAAAGCUUGAGACUUAUGGAACACAAAGCUUUUUCAAGUACGGGUUUUCUGUCGAUUUACCAUUUUGUUUUGAGCUUUAACAGAAAAGUUAAACGCUUUUUAAAGCACCGUGUCUUACUGGCUUGUGUGGUUGUUUGUAACUCUUGUGAGACAACUUUGUUCUAACGGCCUGAAAGCACGCCAUCUAGUCAUUACAACGUUCGCUCAUGCGGAGACUUUGACUGCUGUGUUGACGCAGAUAUUGUAGGGUUGUACGAUUCACGAGAUCAGAACGAUCACACUAUACGAAUGACAGUUUUGAUUAUGUGCCCAAGAUAAUUGCUGUUCGCUACAUGGAGACUACCCACGUACCAUAAAACAACAUACAUUUGAUGUGCCUGUUAGCAUUGCUGUAAUCUGAGAAAUAAUGAGAUCUCAGAUUGAUAGAGAAUAAAGGUGGUAAGUUUCUAAAGAAACUGUGGUGCUUCGUCGGUGGGAGAGUAUAACAGGGUAAUUAAGUAUUAUCAGCAUUACCCAGUUUGAGAAUAAGGUUCACAUAUUUUAUCUUUCACUGUAGCCGCAACGACAGCCAAUCAAGGUACUCCUCCUGUGAAGCCUAAGAGAAAGAAGCCAGGCACUGCCAUCAAGAGGAAGGUGCAGCCCAUUGCAGUGGAUGCAAAAGGUAAAAAGUCCCCUACAAAAGCAACAACAACAAAUGAACCAAAAAGAAAACGUGUUUACAAAUGAACAAUGUCAGUGCAGAAUAUCGAUCAAGUUUCAAAUGUUUGUACUCAGGCCUUUUUAUCUCUCUUUAAUCAGGCAAACCCAUUUUCCCCAUUGUACUGGGGGGUCUCACAGUUCACAGUCUUGGCGAGGUAAGUCAUAUGAAACAUCUCUGUACUUUCUAUGUCAGGGACUGGGACUGAGCUGCCCCAUGAGGGUUAUAUUCCUUGAUGAAUCCUUUUCUUUGUAGGAAAUUCAGUCUCUGCGUGAGCAAAAUUCACGACACAGGAUUGGUAAUGGAUAGACCCCCCUGAGAUGUCCGAAAUAAAAGAAUUAUCCGGAAGGAUACUUUCAUGGCUAUGAGGGAUUCGCCCGUGGAUAGGGUCGCAUGUUGGAUUGACCAUAAUGGGGUUGCUUCGUCAAUAGAAUUAUUAGAAUGGGGUCGCACAAAUUUUAGGGAUCUUAGUCGGUAAGAAAAUUCCCCUAAGUAUGGAUUUAAGAAUGGAAAGAUUCGCAUUUAUAAAAGUUGUUACCGUAUUACCAAAAGAGACCAAGGUGGGGUCUGGCUACAGAAUAGACUUUAGUGGGGAUGGAGUUCUAAGAGGCCAGCGGCAGAUACCCAGCAAAAAUUACCCUAAGGGUUAAUUUAAGGACCAAGCUCAAAAUUAAUCAUCUUUCUCAUCAAGUUAGAUAAUGUGCGGCACAUGGGUGGCACUGUUCUUAAUUUUAUCGUAAAUUUGUGACAACUUUCGUUGCUUUACAGAUUGUUUUUGACCGGCCUGGUUUCCACUCUGAACGUUAUAUUUGGCCUGUGGGCUAUUGCAGUUCCAGAACGUAUCCGAGUAUGCGUAAUCCAGAGAAGAAGUGUAUUUACACCUGCAAGAUUCUGGAUGGGGGAUUCGGACCGCAGGUAUGCCCAAUUUACAUUCAACGCGACUUUCGCUUAUCCUAUUCAAACUAUUAUAGCUAUCUUGCUGACUGUGAAACCAAAGAUAGCAAUAACAAGGAAAGUCCCUGGACCGGUUCCUCAGAUCGGUAUCCACGGCCCCCAGACUGGAAGUAAGUACUAAGUAAGUAAUUUAUUUAUACACGUAAACACUUAAGAUGUCUUUAUUUAACUACUUUCGAAACGUUAUUGAAAAUCCAAAGCCGUCAUGUUUACACACCUGUAGUUUGUGUUGCAUGUAUCGGAUCAAUGUCGGUAUGUGGGCAACUGUGUUCCUACUCCUCUCGUAACCCAAUUCUGUUAGCUUAUUAUCAGUUGUUGUUGUUGGGUUAGGGGAGGGGUAGGUCUGCAAUUGCUCAGAUACUUAAAGUGAUCCCACCUUUCUCAUAAUUUUGCUUCGUUCUAUUUGCCUCCAGUUUGAGAUGUGUCCUGAAGAUGAUCCAGACCACCCAAUCGUAGCCUCUUCAGCCACAGCUUGCCACUGCGUGGUGCUGAAGGCGGUCAAUAAGGCCAGGUAAAUGUGACUGUGGAAAGCUGUUGAUUUCACUCAUCCUGAAAGUUAAAGGAGAAGGUUGCGUUAGAAAUCUGAGAACUUACUCUCUGCUUCUUAAAGAUUUCUUGCGUCUUUUGUCACUUACAGUAUAGCUCGUUUAAUUUGAAAUGUUUGUGCCUCACCUACGACAUUUUUUCUCCCGGCAGGGGUAGGGACGCUUCUAAUACAGGCUCGGGUCCAGAGUUUUUCGGUUUCUCUCACCCAACCAUUCAGUAUUUGAUUCAAAGCUUGCCCGGGGCGCGAAAAUGUACGAAGUACCAGUGGGUGAAGUUUGAAUUACCAAAACCGCAAAGUAAACAAGGUAAGCGAAAAUUUAUUGAAUUUUCGUUCUCUGUCUUUUCUUUGGUGUAUCGGUGUUUUAUUUUUCUUUUUGUUUUUGCUUUGUUUUUAUUGUUUGUUUGUUUGUUUUUUUUUUUUUACCCAAGAACACCCAGGAGUUUUGAAAGUGUUGAAUUCUUGGAAAAAAUGUGGUUCGACUUCCGACCUUAACUGUGGAGAAGUCUAGGGAUUUUCUUGAUUACUAGGCGAAAUAUUUGAUAUGUUGUUGAAAGUACCUAAAUAACCCCAGCAAUUAUAUUGCUGUUGUUUUUGUUGAUGUUUUCGUAAGAGCGAUCUGAUUAGUUUUAGGGCAAACUCUGAACAACCAAUGUUGUGCUCAGGCCAUGUGAUCUUACCAGUAAUAGUGCCCCUUAAACUGACAACAUUAUUUUGGAACAUUUAUAGAAAAAAUGUGCAUGGUUUGUGGCAUGUAAGUGUUAAUGAAAUUUAUUUAUUUAAGCAUCUUUUUAUUUUUCCCUCUGGUUUUCUCCCUUCCAGCUGGAAAGGCUUCUUCUUCAUCUACUCCGGAUCCAUCAGGUGUCCUUCAGGGAAUCCCCUCCGGUGUUGAGGACGAUUCCAUCGCCAGCUUGCACGAAGACGAUCCUAUGCCAGCAGGAAUGACCACGUUUCAUCCCUCUUCUGCGAUGGAACAGCCCAUAGACCGGGCAAUGAAUCAAACGAUGAGUCAGCCAAUUGACCACGACGAAGAAAUGUUUAAAGGUGAGAAAUAUGAUUGGUAAGUUUAGGUAGACGGAACUAUGAUGAUUAUUUAUAGAUAUUAGCCUUUCCAUCGCUUGGAAGGACCAAUAAGUAAUUGCUGCUGAUUACAGCCCAGGAGUUUCAAUAAAGGCAGGCUACCGGCGGUCUAUCGGCGUCUGUUCUGCCUAUGAGCAGGCUCUCGUGUGCCUUACGGCCCCCUUUCCGGACACAGCCGCCUAUUACACCAUCAGCAGUGGUGGGCUUAAAUAGCUUUGAAAUGGCAUCCCAUCCGGGAACUGGGUAGGGAUAAAUAAUGUCAUACUUUGCAUACCUACAUGCCGAAGAGGUCACAAACCCUUUUUACUUCGUGCGUAGGCAGAGAGCCGUGGCCUUUAAAAAGGUGUGGUUACAAGUUGAUGUGUUGUAUCUUGUAGAUCCAGACAUGGGACCGCUUACUCUGGCGUCCACCAUCACUCCUCUCUCGUCCCCAGGACUCUGUAGUCCUAGUCCAAGCACACAGCUUGAUGGCUUAGAGCAUGAUACCGAAAUGGAUCCAGGUAGGUUUCUUAGCUUUGGAAAUGUUUAUGGCUGAAGCUCAGAGCGGUAAACGUUAAUCCCCUUUUCCCCCUCCAACGUGAAUGGGAUACCGCGUCUUCAAAGUUUCAGGCGAAGUCCUAUCACAGUUUUGCUUAUCAGGGUGGCAGAAAUUCUUUUAUACUUCUGAAAAAAGAAGACAGGAUUAUAACACGAAUUUGUUUUGCCGCGAUUCGAGCUUUGCACAGUUCUUACUGCCCGUUUGUCUUCCGUUCGAUUGUAAUUAAUUUCAAGUACACUCGAACAAGUCUUCCAAAGUAUUUCUCAAAGGCAUGAACGACGCCAUAUCACAUUUUGGGUGAUCCUGGCAGGCAAAAAUAGGCACUUUUGCCAUCAUUUGUCUUUUGUAUUAUUUGGGAGUUGGGGGAAAGGAAGCACUUGUGUAUCAAGAAAUUUCAUCAACGCAGAUAAGGAAAUUGGGAAAAUAGUACUGGUGCAAGGAGACAGAAAAGAUGUCUCGUCCACAUCCAACUUGCUCAGUUUUUUCAAACUCACUCGUAGUUGAGUUAAUGAAGCAUCGCAGUUCAUGUGAAUCCUUUUUAGAGAGAUUUCCCUUCAAGCCUAUAAUUGGAAUCAUUGCUUCGGUAGCCGCGAAUCUUCCUCUUUUAAAUCCCCGCUUACCAGAAUUAUCUUACCUCCAAAAAUUCCGAAAAAUUCUUAAUAAUCCUAUUGAAAAUGCAACCCCAUUAUAGUCAAUCCAAGUGCGUUCUCAUCCAGCGGCGCAUCCUCAUUAACCUAUCACUAAGAAGUACUUCCCCAAGGGCCUUGUAACACUGCACUAGUGUCGCGGUCGUUUGAUUUAGUUUACUAAUUUGUCGUCUUGAAUUCUCGAGUUCAUGAUGACGAUGGAUAAGGAUUACCGAGCUAGAGUUUUCGCGUAGAAUGAGGGGGCCUAUGGUGAGGAGCAACCAUUUCUCAAGUCUCUUUACCGUUUAAUGGUAAAUUGAAUUAGGCAAAUCGCUUGAAUAGGGCUUGGAUAUUGCGGGGAAUGUGUGUCUUCCUGAAAGUUUACUAUCCCAAAGAAAAUUAUGAGCACUUGGGAAAAUUUUGAUGGUCAGCCAUACUUCUGUAUGCACUCAGGGAUGAAUCCGCUGAUGUCUUCGCCCACUCGAUCCGCCUUUCCGACCUCUCUGUCAGGCAUGCCACUCUCACCAACUGCCGCCGGCCAAGCAUCGUUUGUCCUACCUCCCACUUCGCCUCUGUUUGGGAACAGUUUUCCAGGAACCGGGAUUCCGGACUCGCCUCCAAAGUAGCAUCCUAUAUGGUAUAUGUAAAGAAAAACUUUGUCAAUCUACUGUGACUCCGUAAGGUUUGCGAUAGCUUUCAAUAUUGGUGUGUAGCCUUUAUUUCACGACCGGUGUUUUUCACCCAUUCGGCAAACUGGCCGAAGCAGCUUAUUUGGCAUUACGAAGGCAAAGAACUCGAUGGACAAAACUUGAAAUGAGAAAAUCAAAAAAUUUUUAAAAUCGAAGAGACUAGGCCCGAUUACUAAACGCUUUUUGGGAAAUGAGCCCGCGGUCUUCCACCGAACUGAGUUCCUUCUCGGCAGAAUCGGAGGUUGAAUCCGUCAAAAUAGAGGAAAUUGAGUCUACGAAGAGGACAGGGAAGGACAGUUUGGAGAGGUACAUGAAUGUAGUAAGAUAGGACAAAACGUCUAUAUAUCUGUUUACCUUCUUGUGUGAAGGAAAGAGCUUGUAAAUGAUUGUAAUAAAGUAGAGUAGAAUGUAGAACAUCGUGAGUGAAAUUGUAUCUCCUAAGGUUUGAACUUGAAACUCGUCACAGUCGAACGUAUUCAUGGAUUUCAUCCUCUUUGAUCGGAGGAGUUUUAGGGUUUACAAAUUUUGAGGGCAGGUCUGGUAGAAACGGCUAAGUUAUCAAAGUACGAAAACUUUAUCUUUUGUCACGUAAAGAAAUUUUAUCGUCAUAAAAUUCUAGCGCGCACUUCUUUGGCAAAAAGUACUCCAGAAGCAAUGAUUUUGAGAUGCAAGAUGCGAACAAAAUUGUGUUGCUAAUUUUCUUCUAAGUUAACUUCAGAAACUGUCCGUUGAUCUUUUUCUUUGGUUGAAUACUUGAGGUAUUGUCAUCAUCGCCACCAAGAAACUCGCAAUAGAGGGUCGUUCCCGAUCUCGAGCCAGUUUAGAUAAAGAAAAACAGCACAAAAUCCUGCAGCC